AUGGGACAUAAAAUUAGAUCGCAAAGUUCUGCACCGUCGAAGAAAACGAAAAAUGACAAAAAGGAAGAACCUGAGAAGCCCGAUGAGAACUCCAGAGCUGCCAAACAGGAGGCUAGGAAACAAGCUAGAGAGAUACGCCAACAAGGACGUACUAUUGUCGCACAAUCUAAUAGCUGGACAGGAAAAUUACCAGGCUCAUUACUUCAUGAGUAUUGCCAGAAACAGAAGUGGAACAAGGUACAGUAUGAUAUGCAUAAGCAGAAAGAUGGAUUUGUUGCCACAGCCGUACUCUCAUGGAAGAAUCCGAAAACUCAAGAGGUUAUAACGGUGAAAAUACAUCCGCCAACAUCGCUAGUGAAACCACAGGAAACUCCAAUUGAGGCUAGGCAUUAUGCUGCCACUUUUGCUCUUCACUCUAUUGCAUUUGACAAAAAUAUUCAUAUGGUCCUCCCAUCUAAUCACAAAGCUCUGUGGAGGGAGUUGGAAGACGCUAGAAAAGAGAUGGUGAAACAGAAUCCUUACAAGGCGAAACUAAAGUUUACUUCAAAUCCAUUCGCUGCAGUAUUAGAGAAAAGGAAAGAAGAUGAACAGAGGGCCAGAGAAAGGCAUUCUAUAGAAGCUGAGGAGAAAAAGAUCAAGAAGCCUACUAUUGUCAUAGGAAAUGGUAAUCAUGUGAACAACUCUGACGAAACGAAUACUGGUCAUAGAAUUUCAAAUCAGUUAAGGAAAGAAUCAUCAGUACGUUUUCCUCGAAAGGUGUGGCAAAACGCUGUAAUGAUGGAUCUUGAACCUAGAACUAGAGUCCUUAUUGAUGAUGCUAUUAGACAUCACAUUGACUGGUCUGAAGGUGAUGAAAAUGGGAACAAACAAGUUGAUUAUGUUCUGAUUCUUGAAGAGAUUGGAUUCAGAAAGUCACAUGUAGAAGAGGCUUUACAAUAUACAUCAACGUUUGCUGAUUCCCUAGAAUGGUUGAUUUUUCACGUCCCUGAAGAUGAUCUACCUCCAGUCUUUGCUAAAAAUGAUGAGGACUCUCACGUCAGAUUGAAAAUUACAAAGAAUAUUAAGAAAGAGCACCAGAUCGAAACUCUAUGUCAAGGAAGUUGCAGCAGAAAUGAAGCCUCCACUGCUUUGGACACUUGCGAUGGCAACAUAGUGAAGGCUGCUGUCAAGUUAACAAACAGGCUAGUUGAAUUCAAAUCCAUAGAGAAAUGCCAGAGUUCUGAAGAAUCGUGGAAUGAAGAACGUGAAAGCUUGAAUGCUAUUUUUGCUAACAGAGUGCUUGAUAGUCUUGGGCAUGCUGACGAUGCUUAUGAAAUUCUAUUAGAACCUGAAGGCUUUCUACAGUCCGGUGGAAAACAUAUGCUUUCAUUACGUGCUUAUCGGUCGGAUAAUUAUCCAUGCGAUAUAUGCGGUUUACAAGUCGUGGUCAAAGAUCCUUCUUACAGAUUACCCAAGUAUAUCAACAUGUCGAUCCUCACGCAAUUGUUGAAAUUCAUCAUGAAAAGCGACCUUACAGGUAUGCCAUAUCUUUAUUCAUGUAUCGACUGGCUUGAAUCAAACAUUUCUUGUAUUAUCGCCGAUCCUGGUCCACUCUACGAUCUUUCAUCGAGAAACAAUGCAGUUUCAAUACGACGAACAGAUUCUUCUACAGCUAUUGAUUCUUCUUCUUCCCAAUCUCAUACUAGGCACAAGGGUAGAGGAAACGGGCAACGUAGCGACAAACUAUUAUCUUCUAUGAAGGAAAUGUAUGCAAAACGUGCCGUUUCAAGGGAACUAAAGGAUUCUCUUUCGAAACGUGCCGCCUUGCCUGCCUGGAAAAAAAUGAAAGAAUUGGUUAACACUAUUCAAUCAAAUAGAGCCAGCAUUGUCACUGGUGAAACAGGUUCCGGUAAGUCUACUCAGAUUGUUCAAUUCAUUCUGGAUGCUUUAUGUCAGAGUGGUGACUUUUCUACAAACAUUAUAUGUACUCAACCACGGCGUAUUUCCGCCAUUGGAUUGGCUGAGCGGGUUUCAGCUGAGAGAGUUUCUAAGUGUGGUGAAGAGGUGGGAUAUAUUAUCAGAGGUGAGAAUAGAGCUAGCCGAUCAACAAGAAUCUCAUUUGUCACUACUGGUGUCCUUCUACGUAUGAUUCAAUCUAUUUAUGCGGUAUCUGAAAAUACUGACAAAGGGUUCUUCGAACAUGUGGGUUACAUUUUUGUUGACGAGGUCCACGAAAGGUCUAUUGAUAGUGAUUUCUUACUUAUCAUUUUGAAGAAAAUACUUCACAAGUUUCCGCACUUACAUGUUGUACUCAUGUCUGCUACCAUAGAUCUUAAGACAUUUGAGGGUUUCUUCAAAACCAAAAAUGCCGUUUCAGGUCCCGCCCAUGUCCAUAUUUCCGGUAGAAUGUUUCCAAUCCAGGACUUCUAUCUCGACACAAUUCUUCCGGAACUCAAUUUUACCGUUAAAACACCACGUGAUGAAAUUAUCAAGCCCAGGGCAGACUCGAGGUAUUUUCAGGACGGUAACAUUAACUAUGACUUGCUUACACUACUUGUUCGGUACGUGGAUAAGCAGCUAACUAACGUUGGAAGUGAUGGAUCCAUUUUAGUUUUUCUUCCAGGUGUUAUGGAAAUUACUAAAUGCUUGAAUAAAAUAAAUGAUACUGGAUCGUUCUGGGGUCUUGCACUACAUUCUGGUGUCAGCUCUGCUGAUCAGAGAAAGGUUUUUAACAGAGCCCCUCUUGGGAAGCGGAAGAUUGUUGCUUCUACGAAUAUCGCAGAGACUUCGGUUACUAUUCCCGAUGUCGUCGCUGUCAUAGAUACAGGCCGUGUUAAAAGUAUUCGUUAUGACGUGACGAGUGAUACUACAAAGUUGGUAGAAAGUUGGUCAUCACGUGCCGAAAUUGCUCAACGUCGCGGUCGUGCUGGUCGUGUUCGUGAAGGAUUAUGUUACCGUUUGUUUACUCAUGACACGGAGGAAAACACAAUGCUUGCCCAGCCAAUUCCUGAGAUUAAGAGAACUCCAUUGGGUGCAGUUUACUUAGUAGUUAAAGCCAUGGGUAUAUCAGAUGUCUACAGAUUCUUAUUGGAUGGGCUAGAUCCUCCCCGUCGAGAAAAUGUCGAGAAUGCGAAGCAGACUUUGACUGAGGUGGGCGCUCUACGUAACGAUAAGCUAACUGCUCUUGGCAAGUAUUUGUCAAUGCUUCCUACCGAUAUAAAGUCGGGUAAGAUACUUAUCUUCAGUACCUUGUUUGGUUGCGUAGAAAGCGGCCUUACUUUGGCAUCCGUUGGUGUUACCAAUAGUCCAUUUUUGCGGAGUCGUGAAGUUAGAGAUCAAGUAAAGAUUGCUCAGAAUAAGUUCAGUCAUGGUGAGGGUGAUCUUAUGGCUAUUCUUAAUGCAUUUAAUGCCUAUUCUGAACUAACCACAUCUGCUCAGAAGAGGCACUUUAUUGAGGAUAAUUAUCUCUCCAGAAACGCUCUUAGGGAUAUUCAAUCGACGAGGUCGCAGUAUAUGGCCGAUCUUGAAGAUCUAGGUUUUCUUCCUAUGGGUUAUUCAAAACAUGAAGAUAAGUUUCCUGUGUUCAAUAGGAAUUCUCAAAACUUCGCUAUCCUUCGGGCUAUUUCAACAGCUGCACUUUACCCUCAUAUUGCUCGAGUCGAGCCACCUGAUCCUAAGUAUCUAUCCUCUGGCUUUGGUUCUAUAGUCAUGGAUCCAGAUGUUCGCAAGAUCAAGUACUGGAUUCGAAAUGAAGAAUAUAUCAAGAAGAGACUCGAGGGUAGAGACGCUCGUGAUGAUAACUUGUUGCCUGCAACGAGAGCAUUUCUUCAUCCAUCAUCUACCUUCUUCUCUUUUUCUGGAUUCUCAGAAGAGGUGUCGCAGAAUGAUAUCAAAAUGGAUUCCGAUGGAAACUACGUUUACGCGCCUACCAUUCCGAAUGCGGGUGGCAGCAGUGUGUCCUCGUCUCCUCUUUCUGCCUCCUUUAUUGCAUACGACUCCUCACAGACGACUACUAAACUUUAUCUUCACGGUGCCACACCUACUUCUGUGCUUGCAUUACUAUUAUUCGAUGGUGAUAUCUCAUAUGACCUUUCUUCUACUAGUUCCGGACGUCCAUCUCCGGGUAUCGUUAUGGAUAGUUGGUUGCCAAUAAGGACUUGGUGUAAGAAUGCUGUGAUGAUCAUGAAGCUCCGUAGACUUCUUGAUAAGUUCUUGGACAAGCGAUUGUCAACUCCUUUGUAUGGCGAACAAAACGAAGAGAAUAUCGAUGAUGAGGGCAUAUUAAGUUCUGAUAUCAUGACAACGAUCGAAAGAGUUCUAUCAAUAGAGAGACGUUGA